AUGCGAUCGACGUAUGAUCGUGCUGUAAAGCAAGGUAUAGAUAUCGACUCGGUUGAUUUUGGUGAUAACAUCAAAUCCUGGAGGCCAACAGCAAUUAUGAGAAGCGUUCCUGAUGUUUCAGAUAAGGGUACCGAGCCCUUCGAGUUUAUCGUGGUGACGACCAAGAAUAUUGCAGAUGUGCCCCCAACAGUGGCCGAGAUCAUUGCUCCCGCAAUAACGCCAGGCAAGACGGCUAUUGUCCUUGCUCAGAACGGCGUGAACAUUGAAAAGCCCCUCGCUGCCCGGUUUCCCACCAAUCCUCUUAUCAGUAGCGUUGUUUUCACAGGUGCAUCCAUAUUGCCUAGUGGGACGAUCUUGCAUAGCGAUACCGAUAUGCAGAGGAUUGGGCCCUUUUCCAGUCCGUUAGUACCGGCUAAAGUGGCAGAGGAUGCCGCCAGACGCUAUGUUUCACUCUACAAUCCUAACGGCCACCUUGACAUCACGUUCAACGCGGAUGUGCCUGGCAUGCGGUGGAGGAAGCUUGCGUACAAUUCAUCAUUUAACGCUGUGGCCACGGCACUGCAAAUGGACACUUCGCGCAUACGGAUGUGUCAACAUCUUGUGGAAGAGUUGGUAAUACCAAUCAUACUUGAGAUCCGCGCUGCGGCUGCAGCUAAAGGUAUCACUUUACAAGAGGACCUGAUCAACGCGGUCAUGACUCAGGAUGGGGCUGAGUCGUACUUCAAGCCCAGUAUGCUCCAGGAUUACGAGAAAGGGAAUCUGAUGGAGGUUGAGAACUUAGUCGGAGAGCCGCUGCGGGAGGGAGCAUCGUUGGGCGUAUCUAUGCCGACGCUCCGUAUUAUCUACAAUCUGGUCAAGGGUUUGCAAGUUAAAAUAAUGGAGAAGAAAGGCUUGUGGGAAGCCAGAUACCAGUCAGAUAGCCCGUAA